AUGGAGGCAGCCAUAUCAGCUGUAGCAACUGAAAUAUUUAGCCGAAUGGUAUCGUUUCUGAUGAAGAGAUACAUGGACAAGACUGAGAUAGAUGAGAAGCUUGACAGAAUGGAGCAACUCUUAUUGAGGAUCCAUGCAGUUAUCCAUGAGGCAGAAGGGAGGUAUAUAACCAAUCCUAUUAUGCUAAAGCAACUCAAGUGUCUUGUGGAGAGCAUGUAUCGAGGGUAUCACAUUCUGGAUGUCUCAAGGUACAAACCUUUCUUUGCGAGAAUCGCUAAUGAGGAGGUGAAUAGCAUAUCUGCCCAAUCGGCCUCCCUUUCUCCAAUUCCUUUUAAGCGUUCUUGUACACUUUCUCGUACCGCUACAAGUUUUUCAGGAAGUAAUGAUUUGCAGAGUGUACUGGAAAAUUUAGAAGCUGCUAUUGCUAACAUGAAUGAGUUUGUUGUUCUGUUGGGAGGAUGUGAGCGCUGCCGCAGGCCAUAUGACACGUACCUCUAUACUGAUAACUUUAUGUUUGGUCGCCAUGUUGAGAAGCAGCAUAUCAUCAACAUCUUACUGCAAGAUCCUGGGGAACAUGGUACCCCAAUGGUCCUCCCAAUCAUUGGUGGUUUCAGAGUUGGUAAGAAGACAUUGGUUAGCCACGUGUGCAAAAAUGAACGUAUCAAAUCACACUUCUCUUCCAUUGUGUUCAUUAAUGGAGACAGCAUAUGCAGAAUGGAUGAGGAAAAGUUUCGAAAUGGGAGGAUGUUAGCUGUUGUUGAAUUUGUUACGGAUGUGGAUGAUGAUGAUUGGGAAAAGUUCUACUCAACUGCAAGACACAAAGCAAUUGACGGAAGCAAGGUGAUAAUCAUUAGCAGAAUUGAAAAUCUGGCAAGGUUUGGAACCGUAAAGACAGUGUUUCUAAAUAGUUUGACUCAUGAGGAGUACAGAUACCUCUUCAAAAUGUUAGCAUUUGGAAGCACAGAUGAAAAGGAUUACCCACACUUGGCAGCCAUAGCAAAUGAGAUAGCAAUACAAUUGGGAGGGUCGCUCAUCACUGCGAAUGUGAUUGCUGAUUUGCUGCGAAGGAACCAUGAUUUCCAGUUUUGGCUUUGUAUACUGCAGCGUUUCAAGAGAAUGGUGCAUAAAAACUUGUCAAUGUAUGGUGAGCAUCCAAAAGAUAUCCUUGAUAAUGAGCGGCCAAUAGACAUCACCACAUUUAACUCCUGCUCUUCUCUUCGUAUGAUGCCACCUCGAGUCGAAAGGGAUGGUGAUUCUUCAGAACGGAAAUUGGAUCAUGUUCCCUUUGGAGACCUGAUAACUGGAUCUAUUUAUCUACCCAACAAUCAAUUCGUGUUAGUUGCAUGGGAGUCACGGUUACCUCCAUAUACGAAGCUUGUCGCUGAUGUUACUUCUUAUGAGAAGCAUGGAUCUUCAAUCUCUCCAAAGAAGCGCCGGUCCAUCGUUUGA